AUGGUUGCACUUGUAGAUGCAGCCAACAGCUACCAUGCUACAACACGUGCAACAGCCCUCCUAGAUUCUGUGCAGGCACACAAGAACCCUCCAAUAUCCAAGGCACCAUCUGUUAAACCUCCUGGCAGCAGCAGCACCCAUCAACACUCAUUAUGGGAGUCUAAUCUGGGAGGCCAUUGUUCUUGUUUGUGUGGUUAUUUAUUUGACUGUGGAAUGCAGCAUCUACAAACACCAUCAACAAGAGGAGUUGCAACCAGCCACAGCACCUUGGAGCUCAGAAGAUACAGCAGCAACCUUACAACUACAACAAUCCAACACCAACAAUCUUCAACUUCCAUCUACUUGCAAUUGAGGAGCCCUCCAAUGGGCACCACAGAACCCCCACACACUGGUACAAUCAUGCAAAAUGCAAGGAAACACCCAAGCAACUGCUCAUGCCAUGGCUGCAUCACCUACAAGUUACAAUUUGCUGCUCUUCAGUCACUCCUUUUCUCAACAACAACUCCAACGUUGCUGGUUAUUAUAGCUCUAUAUACUUCCUCUCGUUUCAUCCUUCUUAGCUGA